UUUUGAUUACAGCUGAGGCUGAAGAUGGUUUUGUUGCCGACUUUUAGGUGCUACAGCUGCCACGCAUUGCGUUUAGUUCUAUCGUGUCUGCGUUAAUGUACGGUUGCAAAACGUCGUCACUUCUGCGGCGACGAACUGAACGUGAACGUACGCGUAGUAAGCAGCUGCCAAAGUGUUGGUACCUUGUCUGCCUGCUAACGGGCGCGACUUUAUCCGAAAGCAAACUAACCAACUGCCAUAAAGUGUGCACUAUAAGCGCUUGUGCGAUGCCAAGUCAGCCGUCUGACUAGUUGGCGUGAAGAAUUUCGUGCAUUGUUUGCUGAGUUCGUGCGCUAUUGUUGUUGUUGUGCGUGUUUAUGUAGCAAUUAAAGCGUUGCCUUACAUUAGGCGCUUAAGUGAGAUUACAAACAGCAGUGCGUGCUCGCGUAGCCGCUGUAUACUUUAUGUGUGUCUGUGUGCUCUUUGCUGCUUGAUGCUGGGCCGUAAAAACGAAUGGCAACGCGUGCAACUUUAAAAUAUACAUAUGUAUAUGCAAGUGCUUGUGCCCCGGCAUUGUUGUAUGUAGCAGUCGACGAGCAGCGUUGAAAACUCCCUAAAAAUGAUUGCAUAUCAGCAGGCGUAAGCAAGCGUACAGCAGCAAAACUCAAGCUAAAAGUGGAGCAACAAUUCCAGAAACAAUAAGCGCUAACAGCAAGCGUAGAAACUACAUUAAAUUCAAUAAUUGUAGAAAAACUUUGUGAAUAACUCAAUUCGUGGGCGCGCCAAAUUAUGCAUUAACGGUACUUAAGCGGUGUCGAGUGUUUAAAAACGUUUUAGAACCGAAAAACGCACAGACAACACAACUUAAUGUCUCGCUUGCAAUUAAGUUGGCAACAAAUGCUAGCCAAAAUGUUGUUGUUGUUGUUGUGGCAGCAGUUGUGUGCAAAAUAAUAGCAAAAACACGAAUUAUGUGCAGCGAAACAAAUUAAAGUUGUAAAAAUAAAGUGUCUACGUGGCGGCAGCGCGUGUGUUGCAAAGUUUGCCACAUUAAAAGCAACAACAACAACAUGCAUUGCAUUGGCGGCAAUGCAGAAGAUUAUUAAAACAUAAUUUAAGUGCUAAAGUUGCGGAGGAAGGCACGCAAACGGCGGCGAAGCAAUUGCAAGAAAGAAGUGUAAACGCCGCAAAGUAGGCAACACAAAUAAUAUUUUAAGUGCGCCGGUAAAUAGAGCAAAAGCGAAAGCAAAGUAAACAUCACCAGUGUAUAAGUGUGUGUGUGUAGGCGUUUAUAUUUGUUUGUAUGAAUACUUGUACGUGUAUGUGUGACAUGCCGCAGGAAUUACGCGGGCAAACAAAGUGUAUACACUGAGAAAAAAACAAAUUCGAAGAAAAGUUGUUGAAAAGUGGAAAAUGCAAACGCGUUAGAAAAGUGCCGCCUUCGUUACAUAUAAACACACAUACAAGCGCAAAGUGGAAAGCUCAUAUUUGUAUAAGUGUGUGUGUGUGUGUGAAAAUUACGUCAAACAACGCAAGUGUGUUGUAAAUUGGUAAAGUUUAAAUGAAUUUGUUGUUACGAGCCCACAAAAAUAACACAAAAAUCAACAAAACUCGCACACACACAGUCAAGCAAGCAAUGUGCUCGAUUUCAUUACUUUGCUUUAUUUCCACUGCUAUUCGGCGGUAGGCCUUUACAGUUGACAAAGCAAAAUUCGUCGCGAAUGCGGAAAAGUUUACGUAAAGUGCCGUUGCGCGCGUGAAGUUUGUGUUGUGUCGGUCGUGGUCGUGCUUCGUCGUCGGUGUAAAUUGCUCGUGUGCGAAAAGUGAACGUACUCGCAAGCGUUUGUUUAUUGCAUAAUUGUGUGUGGGUGUGUGUAUGUGUAUGUAAAACACAUGUGUCAACUGUCAAAGACCUACUAACCAAGUUGUGAGCAAAGCGGAAGCAGCAAAACUUGUGCACCAAAAGUGAGACAACAAGAACAAAUAUAGCAACAACAAUAUGCAAUGCUGCAGAAUCUGUCAUUAUUAAUCAGCUGUAAACAAAUGAUAAAAAUAUGUCUGAGCAAGUGAUAUAUCAGAGAGAUCAAAAACUGCUUGAGAGAAGUUAAUAUUUCCUCAGAACGCUUUGAAUAGUGCCAAAAACUCAUACAAUCUGAGAGCAUAGUAAAUCAUCAUUGUCUCUCACAGCUAACAAAGAGCGAAAUAGUUCACAAAGUGAGCGGCGUGUGCUUGUGAACGUGUGGAACGUGAUCGAUGACGGCAUACUCAUUUAAGUUGCCGCUUUGUAUGCUGCUGCUCACCACACUACUACAAACAACAGCCACAACCAGUGAAGAAACUCAACAAAAGAGAGAUUAUAGAAUAACAAGAAGGUUCAUAGAAAUCGGUAGUGAACAAGCAUAUAUCGUAGAGCCAAGACAAAAAGCGCCAGAAUUAAUUGAGAAGGAGGAAUGGAACAUUAAAAGUGAGUGGAAGAAGAAUAAAAAAGAAAAGGCCGGUCGUUAUGAGUUAUAUCAGAAUGCGGAAAAGGCGGCGAAAAAAGUGUGGAGUAUGGAUAAGUCACACACAGAAAUUAAGGAGCAUGUAUUGGCUGAAAAAGAGAGUGCUAUGAAUUUUAGCAAAGACAGAAACCAAAGUGAUGUGAAAAAAUUAAGAAAAAACCUUGCGAGUGUGAAAACCAUUACGCUGCCUACAUUUUCCAAAAAACAAAUUAACCCAGCUGCUACUCAGAACAAUCUAAAACUCGACGGCAAAGCACUUACAUCUACUACUACCCUGCACACACUCAAUUCGCCCACAAAUCAUAUCAGAGCAGCACCCAGUACACAAAGGGUGGCACCGCGCUUUAAGCGGCAACAAGCUGCGUCUUCACUCAAAACACAGCAGAGUGCCUUUCAAGGUGGUCUCACUGCGUACUCGAGCGCCGGCAACACAGCAGUGCACUACAAUCCAUUGCCCGCUGUGCCCUUGCCGCCACCGCCACCUUUUCCCGGUAAUUUCGCCAUUUCACCAUUUAGUGGUGGCGCCAAGCAAACAACCAGCGGCCACAACAUUUUGAAUGCCUUCGCAUUUGCGGGUAUCGGCAGCUCGUCCUCGGCUGUCUCACAUCAUGCGCGCAGUAAUUCGCUUUGUGGUGGCGUCCUCAAGUCGCGCUACGGCAACAUACAGACACCGAAUUUUCCGCACAAAUUCCCAACACCCAUCGUGUGUGUGUGGGUAAUUGAUGCCUCCGAGCUGCCAAUUACAACUUCUACGUCCGCGUCGGCUGGCGCAAGCGGCGGUGGAGGCGGCACCAACAUCUCAAUUAUCGUUUACCUAACGCAAUUGUAUGUUUUGGGCGGCCUCAAGUUCACCGAGUAUAUGUACUAUUCGGAUGAUUAUAAGGUGCCGGCACAUCGUGUGUUCACACUCACUGAGGAUGACGUCACACAGGUGGCAUGGGUACAAUUUAGUAGUCAGUAUCUUGAGAUACGUUUCACGAUGCCAUCGUUGGAUGGCACACAUUUGCGCGCCUUAGAUCGUCUGCUGGACGUGUACGGCUUCAAUAUUACCUACGAGGUGCAGCAGGAGGUGAAAACCUAUCAGUGCAAUACGUUGCAGUGUCGAUUUCUCGGUCAUUGUUAUGCGAAGGCGGAUUACAGCUCGUACUAUUGCUCCUGCUUUCCCGGUUUCAGUGGCACAGAUUGCGGCCGUGGCCCAUUGUGUGAGGAUCCACAUACGAAUAUAUGCCAAAAUGGCGGCACAUGCAAACACAUUGGCGAUGCGGCCAUUACAUGCCAUUGUCCGAGCGGCUUUAAGGGCACCAAAUGCGAAAUACCGGAAAUAAAUGAAAUGACAUUGGGUUGCACUUCCAAUUCCACAUCGAGUGAUUGUCAUAAAGAAUGUGACUUUGAACGCGGCGGUGAAGGCAUCACACUGCGAAAGGCUAGUAAAAUUAGUGCACGCAACGGUAAAACUCGUUAUGAAGUGACAAUACGCCUGGGCGCCAACUUAACUGCCUUUUAUCGUAACAUGGAUCCCGAGAGGCGCCCAAGCGAUCAUCUCCCGAGUUUGCUAGAAAGACAUCUCAUGCGCGUCUUACGCAAUUUCAACAUCACAAAAAUCAGCGAUUUAGAAUUAAUCUCGAACAGCACCGAUCGCUUAGACAUCACAUUUCAUUUCUUCGGCGUGAAGGGCGAUUCGAAUCGCAUACGUGAGGCCAUCACGCGUAUGGUGGAGCGUGGGCGUAUUGGGAAUAUUACACUAGUUUCCAAUUACCAUUUGUUUGACGAGAACCCACCGCUGAAUUUAUUGGAACUGACAAUUAAUCAAAAAUCAGCGAUUCGUGAAGACAGUGAAUUUAUAAUUUCAUGCACCGCCCAAGGAUCAUCGCGCAUGCAAUUCCAAUGGUACAAGGAUGGAGCGCGUGUUAACACAUCCAAGGCUAUAAGGGAAAUCUGGACCACCGUCUUACCACCGGAAACUAAAGACACUUUCACUGCCAUUUUGGGUAUCACCAAGGCCAGCCGCAUGGACGAAGGCAUAUACACGUGCAAGGUCACCGAUUGGGGCAUCGAGCAGUGUCGCUCACUGCAUGUGCAUAUCAAAACACCGCCACGCCUACGUGUCGAUCCCGCCAGCGUCACAUUGCAACGCGGCGAUUCGCUGCGUGUGCGUUGCCUCUCCCCCGGCAACGAUGACAUCAAGCGCUAUGCACAACUUGGCUACAGCUGGACACGUAACGGUGUACUCUUUCAAUCGAACCCCGCCACAGUGAUGUGGGAAGAUCUGUAUCCCGAUGGGAGCAUACUGAAAAUUAAUAAUAUACAGAAAUCCGCCGAGUACACAUGCAUUGUCUCCAACACAGUGCGUCCGGUAUCGAAAAGCGUCUACAUAACAGUUAUCGACCGCAAUGCGGUACGUGUGUGCCACAGCGACACGCUGUACGGUGUCCGUUGGCCGACAAGUGCACCAGGCGCCGCCAUUGUUGCCGACUGUCCGCGCGGUUUUGAGGGCCACUCGCGGCGCAUUUGUGAAAGCCGCGAUACGGGAAAUUCGACAUGGUUGUUACCCGAUUUCGCGCUCUGCGUACAUGAUCAACUUUUGCUGAUUUACAAUAAGUUUCGUGCACUAAGCGCCGGCUACCAGCAGACCAACUCAUCGGCCAUACUGAAGGCCUGCUUCGCAUACACGGCCAAGCGGCAUAAGCGCUUUCUGCCCGGCGAGGCGGGCUUUCUCAUCGAUAUGCUGCAUGAGGUCGAUACGUAUCUGCAGCUAAAGGGCACACAGCUGGAACGUGAGAUGGCAGCCGAAAUAAUUUUGCACAUUCUCGACAAAGUCAUGCAAAAUACGCAAUCACUUAAUAGCCAACAGCAAAUUAAAAAAUUGCAACUCUUAACACAAUCAGCAGCGUUGAACCGUGAAACAAUUGCAGCAUCUCAAUUAGCAACAUCAACAUCAUCCACGUCAGCAGCAGCAGCUGCGGCAGCGGCGGCGGCAGCAACAGCCGACAAUAGUGCCAUAUCAUCGGCAUCCGCAUCCGGCACUUCAGCUUCAGUGGCAACAGCACAAACAGAAAUCACUUCAGGCGCGGCAACAGCUGCUGGUAAUGCCAUGUCACCGGCACGCUCCUCCGCCACCGCAACGAAUUCGGCGCUGGCAACACUACUGCGCAACGAUGGCGCCACUCUCGGCGGUGGUGGUAGUGGCAAUGCUGUUGGUAGCAGCAGUAUUCUCACGGUGGAUGAGGAUUCACUGUCGUUGGAUCGUCUAAACUCGCUGCGCAUCUAUAUGACUUCGGUGAAAACGUUGCCGUUUAAUUUGAGGAUCUACGGCGAUGAUUUGUUCGCGGAUCAACUUUACAUGGACAUCGGUCUCUCCAAUCGGUUGCUCAACAUAAUGGCCAACUCGACGAUAUUCGCAUCGGUUAUCUCGUAUAAAAAUUUAAAAAGUUUUCUACCAAAAACUUACUACACACGCGGCAGCGAUCCCAAAGAGUCCGAUUACAUACUGGCCUCACGCAUUCUACAAACAUGGCUCUUCCAAUCGAACCGCUCCAACGAUAAUUUACGGGAACCACUCGAUUUACCAUUCGAGGCCGGCCAUGUGGAGAUCAUAUUUCAACACGAAGUAGCACCGAAGGAGGGCGAUUGGGUGGCCGUGUGUGGUCAUGACUACAAAGCUUCCUUUGAGUCAACUUGGCGCUCGGAUUUGUGCAUCACCAAGCAUCUGAUGGCGAAUAUAACGCGCUGUAUAUGUCCAUUGUCCGGCACAUACGUAGUCAUGCUGACGAAACGUAACAACAACUCGCAACCCGUUUCACACACACAACGCCCACUCUUCGUGAUUAUCAGCUGCGCCUGUGGCUUAUUGCAGUCCUGUUCGGCUUUUCUCAUACUACUGCCGAUUUGGUUUAACCGCAAAUGUGCAAUAACUUUUUUGAAAAUGCAAUUUUGUGUCUCCACAUCAAGUAUAAUGAUAAUUUUUCUGCUGGGAUUCCUGAAAAUGUUGCCGGAGAAUUGGCAGGCAGUUGUCAACUCAUCGCUCGCCUCACUGCUGCUGCUCGGCGUCUCAACCACGAUUGCGAUUGCCUUGGUUGUUAACUCCGAACUAGUGCCGAAAAAAAUGUUGCAUAUCAAUAAAAUGUCAACGGCAACAGCCGCAAGUGCACGUGCAACGACAAUAAAAAAGGAACAACAACAAAGGAAUCAACAUAAACAACAACAACAAACCCAUCAUAAACUGCAACACGACUUGAAUAUGCGGCAUAACUCCACAAGUGGCAAUGACAAUGGCAGUAGCGCGCCUAUGGCAGCCGCCUCCCCCGCAACCACCAUCGACGCGCACAGCUUGAGCGCCACCACAAACAUUACGCAAAUCAGCAGCAACAGCAACAACACCAGUGUGGGCGUCAAUGUCGGCGGCAGCUUCGCCCUUGGUGGCAGCAAUGACAAUAGCAUUGCUAGCGACAGCAUUGCCACCGCCAGCGGUCGGCGCGCGGGCAGUGUGUCAGGCGCGGCAACUGCACGCUCUGUGGCGCUGGUACAAGAGCUCUAUUUUCCGGUGAGCGUACGCGCCGUCAUCGGCAUUAGUUGGCUGCCGCCGUUGCUCUAUGCCAUCGCUGUGCCGCUGAUAUGCAGCAUUAUUGGCAAAUGGCCACGCAAUUGGUGGCUCGAAGUGAUGAGCAAUACAACUGCUGGAGCGGCAACAACAACAGCAACAAGCGCAGCAAUGUCCGGCGCUAUGUUUGGUAUGCCACAUGGUUUGUCGCAUGCGUACGGUGGCGGAUAUAGUGGCGGAAGUGAUUACUUAGUGGCGCAUAUGGCACCCACACCAUCACCGGCAUCAUCGCUAAGUCUGAAGGUUGAACCGAGUCACGUCAGCAACCAAAGCAAUGAUGUGUACAGCGUGUUGGCGAGCACAACAAGCGACAGCAUCUUGGAGCUGGCAUCGGUCACAGCUGCUGAAAUUACAACCGCCGCCACCGGAAUAUUAACAACUGCUAGCGCUGUUACUGCCACCAGCACGAACAGCGCCAACAACAACAACAACAACGUCACCACUGCAGCGUCUUCCGCGAGCACCUCAGCAUCGACUGCCUCCACAUCGACGACCUUCUCCGUUGCCGGCUGGCAUAACAACUUCCAACCGGCAGCCAUCUCCGCUUCCGCCACCGCUGCUGCCUAUCACGGUGACUACGCGGCUUACACCGACUCAGACGCCGCGGAGCUGGAGUCACAAUUCACGGGCGACGCCAGUAGCGUGCCAUCACUCAGUUUCAUCAUAUUUAUUUGCGUCGAUUUACUCUUCGUUUUGCUCUUUUUUGCGCUCUUCGUCAUUUUAAUCAAGAAACUUUUAUGGCUGUGGCAUAAAAAUCGAAAUAUUCACGCGCAUCCGCAGGAUAAGUUCAAUGUGGCCAUGCGUAGACGCAUUGGCCUAAUUUACCGCACCGGUUGUUUGCUGUUAAUGAAAUUAUCAACGGAUGCAUUAUUCAUAGCAUAUGUAAAUUCAACACAAAAUUCAUGGUGGUCCUAUCCGUUUGGCAUAUCUUGCGUAUUGUUGGGUUUCUCUAUACUUUAUUGCUUUGUUAUAAAAGCGGAGAGCAGUCUACGCGCGCCGCCAAGCAGCAACAACAGCAGCAGUGGCACGUUGAAGAAGAAGCUCAGUUCGAGUAAGACAAGUUUGGAUGACAACUAUUGUACGGGGUCCAUAAAUAGUCCGCUCAGUUUCUACGCGAGCCAUGAAAAGGAAAAAGAAAACGAAAGCGGCGCGCCGGUAACAACACUACUUGCAGCGCCUCCACCACCACCGCAACAGCUUGAAAUCUCCGGUGGCGUGCAACUGCCACUCACAAUUAUACCCACCGCGCAACAGCGUUGCCCCCUGCUGCCUACAGCGUCCGCGUCUACAGUGGGCAGUAGCGUCAAAACGUUCCUGAAUGCAGCCAGUCUGGAGCGCAAGCUGCCGCCUCAUGUCAGCUGUCUGCAAGAGACGGCCGCCGCGGCGAUGACCUCGCCGGCAACGAGAUGCUGCAACAUACUAGGCAGCGUCGGUGGUGGCGGCGGCAGUGGCAGCAAUGCGGCUGCCACCGUAACAUCGACCGGUGUGGUGGGCGGUGGCGUUGUGGUCACCACCGGUGGCAUGGGUUAUUAUGACGCCUACGGUGCGGGCAUACAACUCGGCGGCAUGACGGGCAGUUUGAACAGGCGACAACUGCACGGCGCCGCAGCAAACACGGAGUUUGUGGGUCUGGAGACUUUGGAUAUACUGCAGGGCGUGGCGCCACCAGACACCAUCAUUGGCAUUUGUGGCAGCGCGCUCCCCGCAGGCAUGUCAUAUCAUCAACUGCAGCAUCACAGCUUGCCGCGUCACCACACCACAACACUGCAACAACACCUCACAGCCAACGCAACAGGGCAGCAACAUGUUGCGCAACAUCACCAAACCUACAUGGACGCCACAAUGUUGCCACCACCACCAACAAUCGUAUCGAUAAGCAGCGGCCUGCCGCUACCCACUACCAUGAAUUAUGCGAAAAGCAGCGUCGAAGCGGCAGCAACAACACCACAACAGCAACCACAAACGCCGCCGACAACACUCACCAGCAUUAUCAGUACAACAACGGCGACAACGCAAACACCAAAAGCGCAAAAGCGCGUCACCAUCAUGGAACCCACCACGCACACCUUCGAUCCACUGCUGCCCACAAUGGUGGCCGUUUCCGGUGUGGCGGCGACGCCUGCGGCACAUCAUCGCCUGGUGACCGCAACACCAACGCCCAUCAUAACGAUUACCAGCAACACAGCGGCGGCGGCGAUAACGGUAAGCGAUUGCCACGCCAGCAACCUUAGUGCGAGCGAUUCGACGCAGAGCGGCAGUGGCGACGCCUCAAAAGCAGCGGAAAGCAACUCAUCGCCCGAAGAUGAGAACUCGAUGACCGGCAUGUUGGAUCGCAUCACGCACGAUUUGGAUUAUCUGUUGAAUCGCACGAAUGAUGUGCCACCAUCAGAUGCAACCUUAGGCGAUGCUGAAGUGUUGGCGGUGGGCGUGGCCGCACCGGCAGUGGCGACGAGUGCUUCCACAGCAGCGGCACCCACCAUAACCAUGAGCCAGGAUACUUUGGACCAGUUGUAAGGUAGCUAAUAUGUAUGGUUAGAUAAGCUGGCAGAUCUUUGGCACUAUUUUUAGAAGUAAAUACUAAUUUAUUGAAGUAAAUACUAAUAUUAAGCGUGUUUAGUUGCCACUAAGCAUUUUGUUCCUGUCACUUUUUUGAAUAUUUACUGUACAGUAGACCUUAAUGCAUAGCUGUAAUCUAUUAUAUAUUUUAUAAGCAUUAAUAUUAAUGGUGGUCUUUGUAAAUAUGGUAAAAGAAAUGGUAUUUAGAAUUUUAAGAUUAAAAUUCUUUUUUAUAUAGCUAUCCAUUUAAUAAAAAAAUGGCUCUAAGGAGGGCUUUCGAAUUUAUUGCAGAUAAAAAUAGUAAAAUAGCAUAAUUUUAGAUUAAUUGUUGUAUAUAUUAUUAAUAAAAAUUAAUUAGCUUAGAAUUAUUAAUACAUAUUGACAAAAAGAAAGAAACUAAAUAAUAAUGUUUUUGAAAUUUUUUCGAAACAUUUGGGUGACUUUGCAAGGCAGCUAUGAACAAAAAUUACAAUAAAUUAAAUUUUUGUAACUACCUCUUGCUUUUCCCAUGCCCUCAGAUUACAUUUUGUUCCUCUGUAGUUAGUUUUCACAUGUUUGCAAAUAUAUAUUUCAAUUCAUUGAAGUUUGCUGAUAAAGCAUACGAUAAAAAAUUUCUCUAAUGUCUUAAGAAAUUAAAAAAUUAUAUUUUCACGGUAUUUCUAGCGCGUACUAAAUGGCUCUUAAAGUUGAGGCCACUGACUCCGAUUUUCGGUAGUAAAUUUUAAUAAUUUCGACUCUUUGUUGGAUCGUAUAUAUUUCCAUGAUGAAACGUCAAACCUUACUGAAGAGAAAUGUCAAAAGAGGGGGAAAAAUAUGGCGUCGCUUGCUGUCCCUAUCGGUCUACUUUUGUAGCUCCCUAUUGAAAAACCAUAUACUUCAAAUGUGUGACUGAAAAUAGUUAGUAUUAUUAUUAGAUUUUGAAUUUUGAAUUUUUAAAAUUUCUUAAUUUUUUUAAGACUAAAUACCACAUCUAAAAAGGGUGAAUAAUAAUAAAUCUAUCGAAUAAAAUACGUGGGUGGGUCAAAAAAUUUUGUAAAAAAAAUUUAAAUGAAGACAUUAUACCAAAAUCAUUCUUUGAGUCAUUGAUAGGAGAGUUGUGUUCCAAAAAUAAUACGAAUUUUCGUUGCAAACACCAAAAGAUUUUUUCAUUAAUCUAAAUUAGUGUCGAGGACUGCAAAAGUCCCCACUCGACAUCAUGCACUUAUGUCCUUAAUAUUGUCGCUUUCAAAAUAGUCCUUAUUCGAUAUAGUGCACUUAUGCCAGCACUUCUUCCAAUCAACUCUUCUUAAACUAGAUUUUUGACAUAGACUUUAGCUCCUUCAACAAUACGCGAAAAGUCACGAAGCCAUAUCUGGCGAAUGUUAAGGCUGUGUGCUUACUGUAUUGCUUAUGGCCAAGAGAUUCACGAACUCGCAACGAGGUAUGAACUUAUUCACAAACAAAAAUCGCCAACCUCUAGCCUUAGCGGCUCCUAGAAACGAAAUAAGCAAUGAAUACAACUGGAAAUUGUAUCGUUUUUCAGGGGCAUGUAAACAAACUAUGAGCAAAAAAUAGUAAGACUUUGUUCAUAAUUUUAAAAUUCUAGGAUUAUUCUUCCAAAUCUAUAUCGUCCUCCUCAAAGUAAUUCCCCUUGGCCCCAAUACACUUGUGCCAACAUUUUUCCAAGCAUCGUAACACUUGUUAAAAUAAUUUCUGAACCGGAAUAGCCGUCAAUGCGCGUAGCGAUUCCUGUUUAAUGUCUUCAAUUGACUCAAAACAGUUUGUCCGGAGCGGUCGUUAGAGUUUGCUGAGAAGCCAGACGUAACACAGAGCCAAAUCAGGCGAAUACGGUGCGGUUGUGGCACGUUAUUGGUUUAAAUGUAUAUGACGGUACAUUAUUGCGGUGCAAAAACCAAGAGUUGUCGGCCCAUAAUUCCGGUCUCUACUUACGAAUAGCUUCAUGAAAACAACACAUAACACUCAAAUAUUAUUCAUUGUUAACAAUUUGGCCGGUUGGAAGGAAUUCAGAGAGCUGUCCACGUAACCUUAAUUUUUGACACUUCACUCGUGGGUUUUUCGGCUUCGGCUCACUUUUGCCACGAUAUUCGGCCAAUUUGCGUUUCCGAGUCGUAAGUCGAAAUAGUUGAGCGAUUUUGAAACCAAUCAUUCUUUCACUUGUUUUAGGCCCAAAUGUUUCUUCAAAAUGGUUUUCACUAAUCCUUCCGAUAUUCCCACGAUGCCAGUAAAAUCUCUGACUGUCGAUUCUCAAGCACCAAUUUCUUUAUUUUGUUGACGUGUUAAUCAUCAGGUCAUGUUGUUGGCCGCGUUGGAUGUGGCUCGUCGUCAACGCGUUCUCGAGCCUCAUUUUUCGCAUUCUGAACGUUUCGGCAACAGAAAUUUUAUUUCGCACACUACAUUUAAUGGAACUUCUUUGUUGAAUAAUUUCACUCAUCUUUGACAUUUGGCACGGGUGUAAAAAUUGUACAAUGAAAUGAAAAAAUUAAAAAACGGUCAAUUUGUGAGACCUAUGAUUGAAAUUCGGGAAGAAUAUUUUUGUGACGACAGCAUGCCCUUGUGCCAAAACUGAGUAAAAGCGGGUCAAUAAUUUCCUUAGGCCACAUAUAAUAUUUCAUUGUAUACUUAUUUGUCUAUCGGUCAAUAUGUGAGAAAUCUUAAUGAAAUUCAGAAAGACUAUAUUUUUAAUAACAGUGUAUUAUCUUGCCUAAAAUGGACUUCUACUGUGGCCUCAUAUAUACAGAAAGAUUAUUUGUCUCAGAGAAAUCACAUACCUAGGUAAAUGUUGUUUCGUGAAAAGGGAAUUAGAGAUAAACUGAUGGAGCUGAUUGCACUGGGCGACUACUCUUUAGAAGGCUAUAAUUCAAAAAUUAUUUAAGAUAUUGAUUACAUUUUUUUCGAUAGAUCGGUCUCAUAAUGAAAAAAAAUAUGAAAAAGAAUUUUAAUUUUAUAUUAGUUGUGAUCCUGAAAGAAGAAUGAAAUACUGAAGUUCAGAAACUUUUCUCCUGUUUUUUGUUUUAUUUCUCCACUAGUAGAGAAGCUCUAAACAAUAAUUUGGUUUUUUGUCAUUUCAACCCUGCAAAUGCUUACAGCUAAAGACAGUUAUUAGCUAUUAGUUGUAAUGAACUUAUGACUAAGUCUUUUCAGUUGAGUUCAUACUUCUUUGGGUUAAAUAUUUUGAUAUAAUAAUAUAAAAACAAAAUUUAGAUUUUAACUGCAUGUAUAUACAUAUGUAUGUAUUUUUCCAAUGAAAUUGUGUACUCUCAAUCAAAAAUAAAAAAUCAUAGACGCCAACCAUUGCUGGCGAGAAAUUUAUAAGAGCAAAAGUCAUAAAAAUAUGUGAUAACAUUGAUAGAAGAAUGGAUAAAAUAUUGCGUAAGACACAAAAAAAUAAUAAAUAGCAGUUAAAAUCUGCAUAUCGUCACUUAAAAUGCAAAAUAACGUAGUAUUAUCAAAAAAUUUGAAAUUGAGUUUUUUAUUGCUUAUGAUUCGUUACAUCAUCAUAUGUGUCAUUACAUAUAUGUAUGUAGCAUAAAAUUUUCAGCUUUCACUGUCAGAUAUAACCAAUAAAUAACCAAUAGAUAACCAAUUUAUAACUAUUAUAUAACCAAUUGAUACCCAAUUUAUAACCAAAACUCAAAUUUUGUUUCAACAUGAGUGGUUUCUGUUAUAUCCUUUUUCCUUCACUUGUAAACUUAUGAAAAGUGAUGUUACGUUAU